UUUUUCAAGGCUGCUGGUUUCGGGAUUGGAUACAGCUUCCUCCCAGCAUUCUAUCAAGAUGUUACGGCUCCUCCCACUCACCCGACAGCCACACUUUCUCCUUUUAUCGCUGUGCUCAGUUUUUGGAGCCAGCCCUCCUUGGAUGCCCUAGCCAAUCAAGAAACCACACACUGUUGCCUAAGAGACCCCGGAUGCCAGCGACAGGAUUUAUAGAUGGUGAUUGGGCUGCUAGAAGCGGUGAGGUGGGGGCUGGAAGGAGUCGAAGAAAGCUGUCCUAGUGGAACGAUGGCAACCCCAGAGCCAGAGGCUUGAAAAGGAGGCGAGCCGCUGAGUUUUAUCCCAAGGAACAUGAAACAUAAUGACAGUCAGUCAUUAAAAGGAAAAGAAGUCAUGAACGUACCUGCAGCUCGUGUCUGUGGAAGAGGGUGUAGUCUUUUUAUGGAAAAAUACCAGGUCAUUUCAUGAUGGCAUUUGCACCUCCAAAAAGCAUCGAUGGCCCCAAAAUGCAGACAAAGAUGAGCACCUGGACACCUCUAAACCAUCAGCUUCUGAAUGACCAGGUAUUUGAAGAACGAAGAGCUCUGCUUGGAAAAUGGUUUGACAAAUGGACAGACUCUCAAAGGAGAAGAAUUCUUACAAGCCUGCUAGAACGCUGCUCCCUGUCCCAGAAGAAGUUCUGUUGUCGAAAGCUGCAGGAAAAAAUCCCAGCAGAGGCCGUGGACUUUACCACCAAGCUUCCACGGGUGUUAUCUGUCUAUAUCUUUUCCUUCCUGGAUCCCCGGAGCCUUUGCCGCUGCGCACAGGUGAGCUGGUACUGGAAGAGCUUGGCUGAGCUGGACCAGCUCUGGAUGCCCAAGUGCCUGCGCUUUAACUGGUACAUCAGCUUCUCCCCAACACCCUUCGAGCAGGGUGUCUGGAAAAAGCACUACAUUCAGAUGGUGAGAGAACUUCACAUCACCAAACCCAAGACACCUCCAAAGGAUGGCUUCAUGAUUGCUGAUGUUCAGCCAGUUCCUGGCAGUUCUCCAGAGGAAAAGCAGUCCCCUUCCUUAGCUUUGCGGUCCUCCUCCUCUUUGAGAAAGAAGAAUAACCCAGGGGAGAAAGAGCUUCCACCAUGGCGGUCGUCAGAUAAGCACCCCACUGACAUCAUCCGCUUUAACUACCUAGACAACUGUGACCCUGAGCACCUCUGGAAAGGAAGAAGAAAAAGAAACGAAGUGAACCCAGACUUCAAGCGGCAGUUGCGAGAUAAGAAAAAUCAGCUUCAGGGGAGAGCCAGGCUCAGGAAAGCACGGUCCCUGAUGUCCCUGAGUUCCCCUCCUAAAGUUCCAGUUCGUCUCGCCUGGCCUCUUCAUCUGCCAAUGGAACUCUCAGAUCCUGAAGCAGCAACUAAUAUUCUCAUGGAGCACUUUCAGAAACACCCUGGGCUUCAGUCAUCCCCCUCGCAGGUUCCAGAGUCAAAGCUGAUUUGAGGGUAGAAAAGGGCUUUUCUAGAAAUGACCAGGUAUUCAUCACAGCUGAGAGUUGGAUUCUAGCUAGUCCAUUAAACUCUUUUGGUUUCAGUA